CUGAGGACGAGGAGGCGGAGAAAGCCACAGCGGCCACCAUGGGACGAGCCCCAUGCUGUGACAAGGCCAACGUGAAGAAAGGACCAUGGUCUCCCGACGAGGACGCCUUGCUCAGGUCCUACGUCGAGAAGCACGGCACCGGCGGCAACUGGAUCACCCUCCCCCAAAAGAUCGGCCUCAAACGCUGCGGCAAGAGCUGCCGCCUCCGGUGGCUGAACUACCUCCGACCCGACAUAAAGCACGGAGGGUUCUCCGAAGAAGAGGAUAACCUGAUCUGCAGCCUCUACAUCAGCAUCGGUAGCAGGUGGUCGAUCAUUGCUGCACAUUUGCCGGGACGGACCGACAACGAUAUCAAGAACUACUGGAACACGAAGCUGAAGAAGAAGCUUUUCGGCAAGCAGCGCACCGACCGUCGGCAGUGCCGAAGCAUCGGUAGCGCAAAGCAAGAAUCCGACAGAUUCGACUACGGAGGCCUUGGCAUCGUCAUCGAUGGUGUGGGCCAGAAUGAUUUCUGGACUUCGACAAGCAUCAGAGAGCUGCACGGCGAGGUUGGAGAGAGGUCUUCUAGCGAUGGAGUGAGCUACCAGAGUCCUCUUGUUGCUCCUUCAUCGCCGCUCCCGCAGCCUCUCCGUGAGGACUCUGCUUCGUUGGCGUCCUCCUCGCUGCCGGGCGUUUCAACUGAUCUCGACGAACUGUUCCAGUUCGAUUUGGUCAAGCUCGAAGGAUUGGAUUUCUUCAAUGGAUUUGAAGGCAUGAAGAACUCGAAUGAGGUGAGCCCUUUGGUGUGCCCGAGUGUAGUCCAGGCUCACAAUGAAGUGCUACAGUGGUAGCCAUUGGAAGAACCAGUGUAACUAGGCGUGUGGUGAUGGUUUAUGUACCUUGUACGACUUCUGUAGAUCUGAAGCAUCUGUGGAGGUGUUGAACAUUCUUGUAGGAACCCUAAAUAAACUUACUCCGAGAGAGAGAGAGAGAGAGAGAGAGAGAGAGAGAGAGAGAGAGAGAUCGUUGUUUUCUUUGUGAUUUCCCAAACUUAUUGGUUUGUCAUUUAUCCCCUCUUUGGAUUC